AUGGCGAUCCUGACAUUUGGAAACCUCUGCGUUCUUCCGCUGGCCUAUCUCUUAUGGAGUAUUGCUUAUCAGGUUGUUUACUACAAGUUUUUCCACCCUCUUUCCGCCUUCCCAGGAUCGUUCUGGGGCAGCGUGACAAGACUUUGGAUUGCAUGGCAUAACAUCAAGCAGGACGAGUGCGAGGUCUUCGAUCGACUACAUAAAAAACACGGUCCUGUAAUUCGUGUAACCCCUACGAUGCUCCUAAUCAACGACUCGACCAAGCUUCCGACCAUUUAUGCCCGCCAUGCAAACAAGUCGAAGCACUACAUUAUAGGCAGCUUUGGGGAAGAUGAAUCUGUAUUGAAUAUGCAGGAUGCAAGCGUCCACGCCAGGUUCCGCAAGAUUAUCGCGGCUCCUUAUAGCUUCAGCAACGUUAGGAAGAUGGAGCCCUUGAUUGACGAGCAGGUCCAGCGCUGGAUCGCGAAACUGGAGGAGAAAUUCGCCGGAACCCAGGAGAAGUUCGAUUUCGCUCCGUGGGCUGUGUAUAUGGCCUACGACGUCAUCUCCUCGGUCGGAUUCGGCGCUCCAGUGGGCUUCAUCGAGCAAGGCGACGAUAUCGAAGGCCUAAUCAGAGCGUUCCACGAUGGGAUGGUGGUUUUUGGCCUCAUGGCGCGCCUUCACCCGCUUGUGAAUUGGGUGAAGAGCACGUUCUUGGGCAAGUACAUGGUCGCGACCCCGGAACAGAAUUCUGGGAUCGGGACAAUGAUGAGGUUCCGAGAUCGCCUUAUUGAACAAAGGUUGAAAGAUCUCGAAUCAGGGGCCUAUGAUGGCAGAGCGGACCUUUUGCAAACGUUUAUUGACGCUCGGGAUGAGGAGGGCAAGCCGCUCGAUCUCAACUACAUCAAGGCCGAGAUCCUGCUUGUCCUUCUUGCCGGUUCGGAUACUACAGGGACAUCUUUCCAAGCCCUAAUGCUCCAUUUGUUCUCUAACCCAGAAGUGUACGAGAAGUUGAUGGCAGAGAUCGACGCAGCCACUCGAAAUAACAAGCUGUCCUUCACCCCCCAAUAUGACGAGGUCGUCGCAAGUUGCCCGUACUACAUGGCCUGCAUAAAAGAAAGCCUACGCCUAAACCCCCCCGCCGUCACUAUUAUUCCCCGCACGGUCCCGAAAGGUGGCAUGGAACUCUUCGGACGCUUUGUCCCCGAGGGGAUGGAGAUCGCAGGUAGCGCGUGGCUAAUGAACCGUGACGCCAACCUUUACGGCCCCGACGCCGAUGUGUUCAGACCCGAGCGCUGGUUGGAUGCGGAGCAAGCUAGGGAGUACCAGAAGUACAGCUUGACUUUUGGAUACGGGCAGAGGGUGUGCCUUGGCAAGGACAUUGCCAUGAUGGAGCUGUACAAGGCGCCUCUACAGUUCCUACGAACUUUCCAGCCCGAGAUUGUGAACAAAGAGCAGCCUGCGCGGUAUGUUGUUCCGGGUGGCAUUGCAUUCUUUAAAGACAUGUGGAUGGCAAUACGGAAACGUCCUCAAGCUGUCUAG